AUGUCUCAUUACAACAGAAUAUUCCUCGCGGGAGAUGCGGUUCACACUCAUUCACCCAAGGCUGGUCAAGGAAUGAAUGUGAGCAUGCAGGAUACUUACAACCUUGGCUGGAAGCUAGCAUGUGUGCUCAAAGAGACUAUAAACCCGAAAAUACUCCGAACUUAUCAAGAAGAGCGCCUGCCAGUAUCUGAACGACUGCUUUACUUUGAUAAACGGGUGUGCCACGGGCUGUGCAGCUGUAGCAAAGGUCAGGAUGCAUUUGAUUUGGAUUAUAAACUCGCCCUAGAAGAGGAGAAUACCUCAGCCUCUGGGCUUGCUGUGGCAUAUCAGCCUAAUUUGAUUAUUACGUCCUCGUCAAAUACUCAUAGAAUAACUCGGAACCGUCGGGACUCAGGGAUUUGUCUCUCUAAGGAUACGUACGAACUUGCAAAAAAUAUUCGGGUUGGCUCUAGACUCUCCAGUGAAGUUAUUCUCCGACAAUGCGAUUCCGAGCCUAUUCAUCUUCAUAAACUACUCGCUAGUACAGGGAACUGGAACCUGAUUGUUUUUGGAGGAAACAUUCUUGACCAUGUGCAAGCCACGCGAAUCACAACCUUAGCUGCGGCUCUAUCUUCAGAUAGUUCAACCAUUCAUCGGGCUAAUAUCACAGCAGCAGAGCACAGUGUUGGGCUAUUUAACAUCUAUUUAGUUCAUUCCGCUCCACGAGAUGAUGUCGAUGUUUGGAGAUUACCCGAACUGUUCCGCCCUGUCGUCAACCCUGCGGGUAUGGACUUUAGACGAGUGUAUGCGGAUAACAAGCUACUCCAUACGGAAUCUGGUAAUGCUUAUAAAGCUUAUGGUGUCGGUCCGGAGGGAUGUCUGGUCCUAGUGCGACCAGAUCAGCAUGUUUCCUUCAUUGGAGGUUUGGAUGAAUUUAUUUCUCUAGAUUCGUUUCUGAAGACUUUCAUGUUGCUAUAA